UACUGGUGUCGAUCGGUCCGGAGAGUCAGUUCACUAAGAGACUUCAACGUGUUAAGAACGUUUUCCUCGGCGCAAAUACGACGAGUUGUGUGGAUGAAUUUGCCAAAAGAACGAGAUGAGCAAUAUUGAAAAAUAGAAAUUUGUACGUAAAACGGUAUAUAUGUACGGUAUACAUACAUAUAUGUGUGUUGCAUUAGACGGAUUAUAUUGAGACGGUUAACGAGCAGAUAAACAACAAAAAGUGAAUGAAAAAGUUAAUAAUAAUAAACUGAAAUGUGCUAGUGUUAUAGAGACAACAACAAGAAGAAGAAAAAUAAACAUAUUAUGUCUUGACUCCCAAAAAGGAAAUUUGUGAAGUAAAGCCGUAGCGAGUCUAAGCCCCUAGUGCAAAUGCCAAGAAAUUUUUAGAAAAUUAAAAAAUAAUUAAUUAAAGAGUUCUCAAAACCACCAGUGCAAGUGCAACCCCUGAACAAUAAACUAACCGAAAAACCCGCUAAACGCCGGCACAACAUACACACGCCGCAGCCAACUAGUCAGCACACUUGCCAAAAAAAAAAGGAAAAUAAUCAAAAUUUGCGCGCCUAAAAUGCAUUUACCAGCCGGACCCACCAUGAUCGCUGCGCCAGCGCAUCAUGCCACAGUGCCAGCGCCACCCAAUGCCGCCAUGCCGGUGUCACAACAACACAGCACCGGUAGCGGCGGUAGCACACAUGUGCCCAGUUCGGCCAGUUCGACGGGCUCCUCAACGCCCGAUAACAGCAGCAGCAAUAAUAACAAUAACAAUAAUAACGGCUCCAAUAGUACGGUGGCCAAAAUACCACAGCCGCUCACCGAUAUGUUUGCACACUUACACGAAAUGCUACAGGAAUAUCAUGGCGAGCUCGCACAGACCGGCUCCCCUUCGAUACUCUGCAGCGCCUUGCCCAGCCAUUGGCGUUCGAAUAAGUCACUGCCGGGCGCAUUUAAAGUGAUCGCGUUAGAUGAAGUGCCCGACGGCACUUUGGUUACCAUUAAAUGUGGUAAUGAUGAGAAUUUUUGCGGCGAGCUGCGCAAUUGUACGGCGAUUAUGAAGAAUCAAGUGGCGAAAUUCAACGAUCUGCGCUUCGUGGGACGUUCGGGGCGUGGCAAAUCGUUUACGCUGACCAUAACGAUUGCUACAUAUCCAGUGCAGAUUGCGAGCUAUGCGAAGGCGAUCAAAGUGACCGUGGACGGACCGCGGGAACCAAGAAGUAAGCAAAGUUAUGGCUACCCACAUCCCGGCGCUUUCAAUCCAUUCAUGCUAAAUCCCGCUUGGCUCGAUGCCGCGUACAUGACAUACGGCUAUGCAGACUAUUUCCGCCAUCAAGCCGCUUUAAGUCACCCAGCGAUGGCGAAAACAUCACCCACAUUACCUGGCGCCGCGACGGGCCCGCCAAACAAUAUAGUACCGCCACCACCACCACCUGGCCCAGCAGGCGUAAGUGACUUCCAUGCUGCACAACUGACACCACCACUUGCCGGUGCGCCACCAAAUGGCGCCAUCGGCUUAUUACCCUCACCACCCGGCUCAUCGUAUGGCGUCCCUUUGCCACAAUUCCCAUUCAAUCCCACACUAACUGCUGCUGCCUUCCAUCCGUAUCAUCUUGCCGCCGGCCUACGUGUUGGCGCUCACAAUUUGCACAACACAUCGCUGAGCAGUUCGCAUGGCUCAACGGAUCAUUUGCCCGCGCAUAUAAGUCCAGCUUCGUCGCGUCCCUCAUCCUCCUCACCACCCGCGCAUGCACAUAACACGAGUACCAGCUCGAGCACAACCACAAAUAAGCCUUGCACAACGCUAGAUCAAUCACUGUCGGAUGCGGACCCAGAGAAUGAUUCGGAUGAUGAACAAAUCGAUGUUGUGAAAUCCGCAUUCAUACCGAUAUUGAGACCAACAGUGCCCGCGCGGUCCGCCGCUGAGGAGCUGGUAAAAUCACAUCAGCAACAACAACAACAGCAGCAGCAACAACAACAACAACAGCAGCAGCAACACCAACAACAGAAGUUAGCGACCCGCAUGCGUUGCGAACUGAAGGCGCCCUCCGUUGUGAAAGCUCAAUACCAACAUACCGCACGUCAAGCAUCACCUGAGCUUACGGCCGCUACAAGACUUAAGACAGCCACGGCAAAUGCGGCCAAAAGCGUGUGGCGACCCUACUGAAACGCUGAUACAAUCUCCGCCGCUUCGGUCGGAGUUGUUUUACAAACAAUAUUUAAAAUUGCAGCGUGCAGUGAACGUGAACGCGAACGCGAACGCGAAUUCAAGUACAGUGGGAAUAUCUAGUGAAGAAACCAAGCACCACUUGGCUUCUCUUAGGGUUUCCAGUGUUAGACUUUAGCAAAAAGUUCAGAUUCACAGCUGUCUGGCACAGCGUUUAUAGCUAUAUAGCAAAACCAGUAGCUGACCGCAUGCCACUCAGCGCAGGACGCCACUCAGCGCAGGUCGCCCCUCAGCGCUGGUCGCCACGCUGCCGGCCUACCGCUGGCGGAAGCCAAAAUGCCGACGGCAAAUACGGCACGGCAUCUACGACGUGUUGGUUGAAUGAUAGUUGACUGCGUUUCUCGGCGGAAAAGUUGCGAAUGCGAAUGCGAAAUUAAUGUAUGUGCGAUCUCCCAAACUCCAAAGCUCCAGCUACAACAACACUCACCCACAUAUUUUCCUAAAGGCACUUGUGAUAGAAAUGAAUUUUUCCUACGCAAUUUUAAUUUAAUAAAUCUUUUUUUUUUUCUCGCGUGGAGCGGCGGAGUGUAGUUGAAAUAUUUUGUGAUAUAGUGUUAAGUUAAAAACGAAACAACAAAAUGAAA